CGGCCAACGUUGCUCGCGAGAUCGUCCGGAGACGUUCCCGCCAUUUCUCUUCCUUUUCUUCUUCUUCUUCUCCGAUCGUCCUUCCAAGACUGUGGUCUACUUCCUUUUCUUCUUCCGUCUUGUUUUUUUCCUUAUCGAGAAAGAGAGAUGACGAUCACGGCGUUGCUGGUUCUGAGAUCGGAGGCGGCCUCGGCGACGGAGCCGGUGAUCCUUGCGAGCGCGAUGGAGAUCAAGCAAUUCGGGUACUACCAGAGGAUUGGAGCCAAAGAGGCCAUCUUAUCGGUUUCUCGGAAGCUGGCCAAGGCCACCCAUCCUUCACAGCAGAAUUCCACUCAGCACGACGAACACAAGGUACACUAUUGCAUCCGAGAUGGUCUCUUUGACGUGAUAUUUGUUGAUGAGCAUUACCCAGUGAAGACGGCGUUUGGCAUUCUGAACAAGGUACUAGAUGAAUAUCAGAAGGCUUUUGGGGAUUCUUGGAAGACAGUGCAGAUUGAUGCCAAUCAGUCGUGGCCUUUUCUAACUGAAGUUCUUUCAAAGUUUCAGGAUGCUGCUGAGGCUGACAUGAUUAUGACAACUCAGUGGGCUUUAGAUGAAACCAGAAUUGCUAUUAAGUCGGACGAAGCAAAGGGACAACUUCAGUAUUUGGCUGAAGAUGAUAAUGAAGAACUUACAACUUCAACAUCCAUUUCAGAAACCAUCAAACGCAGGAAAUUAACUGAAAAUGAUGUAGGAGAGGGUACAGGUGCUGCAGAGGAAGAUGACGCACAGGACAGGAAUACGCUGGGUUCAGAAGAAAUGGAAAAACAAAUCGAUCUCAUUGUCGAAAAGAUUGAAAGAUUUACUGAACAAGUCUCGGAGGUCCUAGAAGCAGGAAAAGCUAUGUACAAAGAAUUGAGCAAUGAUUUUGAGGAGCGUGUAAUAGCGUCAGAUUCAUCAGCAGCAGGUAGAGGCAUGGCAGGAGGAGAUAAAAGAGCUGCGCCUGCUUGAUGGAGUCAAUGAAGAAGACGUUCAACGCCUUCAGAAUGCAAUAUAUCUCCUUCACUCCUUCAGUAAGGCCCAGUGAGCCGACUCUCCAAAUAAUUUCCAUCGAACCAGUGCCUCCUGUCCAACCGUGUGGGGGAAGUGCAGACCCCUUUUCUUACUUUGCACGGGUUACAAGCAAAUGGUGAUGCGUGGAGAGAUGAAGAUUCUUAGAGAACCGCAAUCAGAAGGUAUUCGAUCAUCUUUCUCUUUUCUCUCCCACUCAUAAUUGGAGGCAUCCUUCGGAUGGAUCAAGGAUGCCUUCAAGAAAACAAAUUCAUGAAACAAUGAGGCUGCACUAUUUGUGAAGGCCUUCUGUUAUCUGGGGUAUGUUUCUCUCGGAGAGAGAGAGAGAGAGAGAGAGAGAGAGAGAUGGUGACAAAUUCAUGAAACAAUGAGGCUGCACUAUUUGUGAA